AUGAUCUGGGGUCUUGUGGCCAUGGAAAACCUUGGGGCUGGUAGGACUUGGGCCCAAAGCUCAGCAGCACAGCCAGAAAGAAGUCAGAAAGUUGCUCCCCUCGGACUCGGCCUGGGGGGAAGGGAGAGGAUGUUGUGCUUUGGGGAUGACAUUGUUGGAAGAAAGGAAAAAAAAAUAUAUCCCCUGGGCCAAUUUAGAUUUCUUCCCAAUCGGGAAAUGUUUGAUCACAUCCCUAACAAAGACCAGCCACACUGGCUACCACCCGUGGUGAGGGCAGCUAGCCAGCACAGGGUGCUGUUGAAACUGGAUUACAGACCAUUAAUUCGCAUUCAACUUGAACUACUCUAUAGAAAUAAAAUACGUACUUUGGAAAGAAUUAUGCUGUGUGAGUUUCAAAUGGACUGUGAUGAUGCAGACCCGUGUUCUCUGUGGUUGUGGGCAGCUGUCAGAUGGGAGCAGGCUGGACAGGCCUGCUUUCCCAGGGGCUCUUGA